UAUGUGGGAAAGAACAAAGACAUUGAGGUUUAAGAAGCGAAUUGCAGAACUGGGUUUAAAGCCGCACCUGCAAUUUCUGUCUGCAGUUUGCACCGCCAAUUCCCAUGAACCAGGAACUCCGACACUUGACAUAAAGCUGCAAACUCGUGUUCUUUGAGGUUACCCCUAACAAAAUGGGUAGUUCUUUUCUUAAGAAUCCCAUCAAGUUUUCCCAUGUCAUGAACCGUGUCAUUGAUCCUUACAAAGUGCAGUCUAAACCUUACUUUCGAUUACCGCAUUUCCUGAGGAAGCCUAGAGAAUAUCAAGUGUCAUCACCGUCUUUGUUCACUUCUUCGUUUUCUUCUUCUUCUUCAACCACCGCCGCCGCCUCCGCCUCCAAGGUUGGUUUUGUAGGUUGGUAUUUGGGAAUGAUCAAAGCCCGGCCCAUUCUCACCAAAAGUGUUACUUCUGCACUUAUUUACACUGCUGCUGAUUUAUCCUCCCAGGCUAUUGUGCGGCAAUCUUCAGAACCUUUUGAUUUCGUAAGAACUUUACGCAUGGCGGGAUAUGGGAUGAUCAUCUUAGGACCAACACUGCAUUUCUGGUUCAAUUUCAUGUCAAAGCUUUUCCCAAGGACGGAUCUUUUCUCUACAUUGAUGAAAAUGGUCAUGGGUCAGACACUUUAUGGACCUGCCAUGACUGUUAUUUUCUUCUCAUUUAAUGCGCAUUUGCAGGGUGAAACUGGCACGGAGAUUGUAGCACGCUUAAAGCGGGAUUUGCUUCCUACGUUUUUGAGUGGCGUUAUGUACUGGCCUUUGUGUGAUUUUAUUACUUUCAGAUUCAUUCCUGUCCAUUUACAGCCAUUAGUCAGCAAUUCAUUUUCAUAUUUGUGGACCAUUUACAUCACCUAUAUGGCAAGCCUAGAGAAAGCUGAGAUAGCAGAGAUAGCAGAGAUAGCUAGCUGAUCAUUCUCAAAGUAAACUGUGGUAUACUAUCAAAUCUUUUGGUGUCCCCGGGAAUUCUGAUCUCGUUGUCCAAGGAUAUACUACGAAUUAGAUUAAUUGGUUUCAUCCUGUUUAACAAAUAUUCCUCCUGAUUUGUUUUGGUUGUAUAACCUUUUUUCUUAUACAAUUAGACCUAUUUGUAGAACCUCUAUAGUGUUGUUGUUAAUGAAUUUCCCCCCUUUUUCUGGAA